UAAUUCCACUGGCUCGAUUUUCUGACCUACACCGCGGAUGAGCACUCCCCGCUAAUUUGGCGGCGCGUGAUGGACAGCCGCAGAUGCCAGUUCAUUCAAGUCCUGCAUAGGACCCACCCAACAGCAAUGAACUGUCAAAACAUGGUGCCGCUGCCAGAGCGAGAAGACCGCCGCAUGACGUACAUGUGAGGCAGACUUAUCACGCUGCAGCUGCUACUUAGGGCAGUCGACUUUCUACUCAGGACCCUGCUGCUACAGAACAGUGCUUGGAGCAGGCAAGGCUGGGGGAACAGUUAAAGAAACGUCCACAUUCGUUAGAAUGAAAACUUCAACAAAGCGAGACUUAGAGACAGCUAACGCAUCACAAGGCCCAGUGGCAGCUGUUCUAUUAUUUCUGGCACUGCUACUCCCGGCCCUCCCUGCAGUGUUGGGUGAUAAGCCACCACCCGAUAUCGUGGUUAUCAUAGCUGACGACCUCGGUUGGGAUGACGUCAGCUUUCAUGGGUCCUCGCAAAUCCCCACGCCCAACUUGGACGCCUUGGCGGCAGAUGGUGUCAUACUUAACAGCCUGUACGCCCAGCCUGCCUGCACACCUUCGAGAUCGGCUCUCAUGUCCGGCCUCUACCCAAUACGCACAGGCAUGGAAGGCUACCCCAUCGAAAUAGGUGAGCCAUGGGGCCUGCCCGAGGACGUGCCGAUUCUGCCGCAGUACCUAAAAGAACUUGGCUACGAAACUCACCUGGUUGGAAAGUGGCAUCUCGGCGCCUACAAGACAAGUGUCACGCCGACUUAUCGUGGUUUCGACAGCUUCUAUGGCUUCCACUACGGUGAGGAAGACUACUACACCCACAGCGUUACCUACCGAAACCAAACCGGUCUUGACUUCUGGUUUGGGACGGAGCCCCGGUGGUCGGAUAUUGGGAAGUACUCCACAACGCUCUUCACACAAAGGGCGCAGUACCUGAUUCGCAACAGGAAAAAGCCACUCUUCCUGGUCCUGAGCCAACAGGCACCGCACGGGUCAGGAGGCCCUGAACCUCUCCAGGCACCACAAGAAAACGUUGACAAGUUUCCCUACAUUGGAGAGGAGAAGAGGACUCUCUUUGCUGGAAUGAUAGACACGCUGGACCAGUCAGUGGGCGAAGUGUUCGAGACGCUCGGAGAAGCCGGCAUGCUGGAGAACGUCAUCGUGGUCUUCACCAGUGACAACGGUGGCACACCGUUCGGCGAGCAUUCAAGCAGGAGCUUCAAUUGGCCGCUGCGUGGGACAAAGCUGUCGGUUUGGGAAGGGUCCACCAGGGUACCUGCUUUCAUCUGGAGUCCCCUACUGGAGCACAAGCGAAGGGUGUCCAACCAAAUGAUGCACUUCACAGACUGGUUCACCACACUGUACAGGGUGGCAGGUGGCGAUAUCGCCAGACUAGGAGAAGUCGACGGAGUCGACAUGUGGCCACAUCUCUCGCAUGGAUCGUAUUCGCCACGUACCGAAAUGGUGUACAACAUUGACCCCCUCGACCCGCCGGAGCUCUCGGUGGCAGCGAUACGCAACUCCCGCUAUAAGCUGCUCCUCGACACCACGGGUGACAAUAACGGCCGCUACGAAACUGCGGGUGGCCGCCGUCCUUCCGAUGACCUCGACAAACUUCUCGCUCAAUCGAAAACUGCCCGCGUUCUGAGGAAGCUUUACAACACGAAGAAAUUGAGAUUUCCCAGAGGAUGGAGGCGGAGAGCGACGCUUACGUGCGGGAAAGAACCCAAAGAAAACUUCUCAGCUAACGACACCGUCUUCCUCUUCGACAUUGUGAAAGAUCCGUGCGAGCUGAACAACUUGGCCAAAGAGCAUCCGGAAAUCGUGUCGGCCCUCAUGAAGCGUUUAGAUGCAUAUCGCUCAGUCGCCGUGCCUGCUUCGAACGUGCUGUACGACCCAGCCAGCUCUCCUGAAUACCACAACGGGACAUGGGCUCCGUGGAUGGACUGAUCGCCAAGAAGAAAAAAAAAACGUGUUCUGGAAUUUUUAUCGUGACAAUGAUUAUAACAUCGCGUCAACACACGGUUCUAAGAACGCGAAAACAUGGCGUGCCUGCGUUGUGUCCUUGCCUUAUCGCACUGUUGUUUUAAGUGUGACCAUAUCGCUCAUUUGGAAUAUGCACUGUGUUUGGAACAUAGCCACGAAAGUCAGGAAUAAUACGCUCCGUUGUGACAAAUGGCUAAAAAAGUGGGAUUCACCGUAGUCCUACUAGGGAGGUCUGAUACAGCACGCACUCAACUACUCUAUUUAGCUAUACGAAAAUUAUGAAUCUGGUCACGAAAGCCAAUGAAAUCAACAAAUAAUGCAAAUGACACUUCCGCAGCUCUGAACACAUACAUAUACCGCAGAGAGGCCUAACAACGACGAACACACGUC